CAGAAGUAUACUUUGUCGGAAAUGGCGCACCACGAUUCCCCCGGACCGUGUAUAAGAAGAAUAGUGUAGGGGCGCCUUCCAGGAUUCAAUAUCAAUUCGACCCCUCGCUUCUCAUACAUUCAAAUAUGUCAACCUUGAUUUUGGCAGCCUUACUCACUCUCGUACCUGGCGCACUUGCGCGUACUAUGACAGUGUACAAUCACUGCCCCUUCACUAUGUGGCCUGCGAUGUUCACAGGGACUGGAACACGUCCAUCCUAUUCGACAGGAUGGGAAGCUCCCCCUUAUACAUUUGUGACCUUUUCUGUCCCUGACAACUGGCAAGCGGGCAGGAUUUGGGGGCGUCGUGACUGCAACUUUAGCACUAACCCGGGCCCUAGCUCGUGCCUCGACGGUGGGUGCAACGGCGGCUUGGAAUGUGACCCAAAUACCGGUACCGGCGUACCACCUGCUACUCUCGCGGAAUUUAGCCUUAACCAGAGUGGCGGCUUAGACUACUAUGACGGUCUGUAUUUCGUCGUCUCAUGCACACGAUCCAGUGAACAACCAUCGUUGCCAUUCCUUGUUUCAGUGUCCCUUGUGGAUGGCUAUAAUCUGCCAAUGAGCAUUACCAACAACGUUGGUUGUCCAGUCGCAAACUGCCCGGUUGAUCUCGGACCGAACUGCCCUGCACCUCUCAAAGGUCCGUUCGAUUCUACAGGUUUCCCUGUUGGCUGUAAAAGCGCUUGCAAGGCAAACCUUGAUGGAAACCCGUCCAACUCGCCCAACUGUUGUACGGGGGAGUACGACACCCCACAAACCUGUCCCUCUUCUGGUGUGGCCUAUUACAGUUAUUUCAAGUCGAAUUGUCCAAAUGCAUAUUGUUAUGCCUUUGAUGAUAGCACUGCUUUGUUUACAUGCCCUGCAAGCAAGAAUGCAGUAUAUACGGUCACUUUUUGCCCUUGAAUACUUCGGAGUAGAUCACCGCAAUGGUGGUUUGUAAAUGUAUGUCUCCGAUGGAUUGUUUGUAACAAAGAUGGAAAUCGUCCGUACUUUCACGAGUCUUUGAAAUACUGAGAUGUGUCUUGCUUCAUCCGGAGAACUGUUCCGCCGGACUACUAUGAGUACCACCACUACCAACUUUCACUGGACUGCCGUGGCGAAAUACAGUCGAAAUUGUGCAUGAAUAGACAAGGGGGAA